UGUGCUUCAGGCCAGGAAACUGCAGCAGUCUGUCGCACUAUUUAAGCUGUCGUCACAUGACAUGAAACUUUGGAAAUAAAACACAUGGAGGAAAAUGUGGAUGUCAAGGCCCUCCGGGCCAGAUUUCAUGCUCAGUUAGAAAUGGCAGGUUCCGGAGGUGGAAUCGCUAUCAAACCGCACCCAAUUGGUGCAAUGCCAGAAUCUCUAACCAAUGGAGUGCUCCGAAGCAAAAUUUCAGCUGUGCCUCCAAGACCAAACCUUCCUGUGAACUCUUUCAGUGAAGCAAAGAUGUUUCAGUCGGGUCCUCAAGGAGUGUUCCCGAGACCUCCUCCAUCUCAUCGUUUUGGAGCUCAGGAAAGUUCUACAGAGCUCCCUGCGGAGGUCAGUGUGCCAAGCAGAGUCAAACUGACAGGAGAAAUUCUUCAGAACAAGAUACUAAAACAGCAAAAUGACAUGAAAUUGACUUUCAAACCACCACUGCCGCACCAGAGGAGCAUUUCAGAAGUAGUACCACUAAGGAAGCCAAUGCCCAAUGUCGGACAGCGACCAUCAAAGCCAAAACGUCCUCCAUCUGUGAAUCUUGAUCAGUUUCGGAAAAAGACCCCCAUUGUUCUUCCUAAAAGACCAGUGGAAUCACACAUUAUAAAAGGACCAGCAAGACCCCCAAACAAACCCAGCCUGUUCACAAAACCCAUUUCAGAAUUGAACAUGGGGCAAGAUCAGGAAACCUACGAUGACGCGCUUCCUCCACCCCCUCCACCUCCAAAAUCAAAAGACACAUGGUCUCACCUUUCACAUAAUGAGGACAGCGAUCAGGACAUUUAUGAAGAUCCAGACAGACCUAUUCCUGCUGAGAGGAAAGUUAUAAGAGAAAUUAAAAAGCCACAACUGGAUGAGAAAGACCUGAAGGAAAAGCAGAAGCAAGAAAAUGAGUAUAGAAAAAGAUUUAAGCUGUACGGACCCAUUGAAGUGAUCCACAUGGCUCGGGUGAGAGAGGACUGGCAGGGCGGGAAGAAUGACCUGAGUGUUCAGCAUGGGGAAAACGUGGAGAUCAUCCGUGUCAGCAACAACCCUGAGGGGAAAUGGCUGGCGCGAAAUCUGAGGGGCAACAUCGGCUACAUCAGUAACUCCUGUGUUGAUGUGGAUUAUGAGGAAGUGAAGAGGAAAAUCCGUGGUCAAGCUGCACCUCCCUUCAGCCCUCCUUUAGGUCUGCCGGUCAAUGAUGACAGCAGCUCCAAUGACCCCAUGGACAGCAGUUUUUACAGUGAUGAUGUAUAUGAUGACGUGGACCAUGACUUUCCUCCUCCCCCUCCAGAGAUCAGCCACGAUCCGAAAUUGACCAAGAAGGAAGAGAAAAAUAUUCGAAAGAAGUUUAAGUUAGAGGGGCCUAUUCGAGUUUUGUACACCAUGACGGUGGAUCCCAAUGCAAUGUUGAAGAAGCGCGGGAGCAAUGACCUACCAGUGGUCCGUGGAGAGAUUCUGGAGGUUCUACAGGAGACCAGCAAGAAACAAGUUCUGUGCCGAAAUAAUGAUGGCAAAUAUGGAUAUGUACCCCUGGAUUACCUUUUACCUGAGGAGAGUGAUGUUUACGAUGACAUUGAAAUUUCUUCAGAUAUAUAUGACAAUGACGACAGCUGACCUGCUCGCUGAAGAUGCUCUCAUCCUCCAUGCAAAAGUGUUUUUACCUGAGAAAGUAAAGAGAUGCUGAAAAUCUUUUUCU